GCCGUUUGUUUGGCCGUAGAUCCAUUUUCUUUGCAUCCUGGAAGCUGCCAGGUGAAAGUACUUAGUUAUAGAAACAGAAGUUAAAAUGCCUAUCUUCAAACAUCCAGAGUAUCCUGAAGAAAUAUUGCUUCAUUUGGAAGGCCUGGUGCCUUGUCGAGAAACUCAAGUCUCCACCUUAUUGUCAAUCUUUGGAGAGCGUCAGCAUUUUAGCUUUCCAUCCCUUUUCAUCUAUGGACACACAUCGAGUGGGAAAACUUAUGUGAUGCAGACUCUUCUGAAAACCUUAGAGCUACCCCAUGUGUUUGUGAAUUGUAUCGAAUGUUUUACUUCAAGACUGCUCCUAGAAGAAAUUUUGAGACAGCUGCAGUGCCUUUCCAUCAAGGAAAAUGAUGUUCCAUUUGUUUCCUGUGACACAUUCAAUGACUUUGUACGUUUAUUUAAACGGACAACUGUGGCACCUGAUCUACAGAAUCAAACUAUAUAUAUUGUUUUGGAUAAUGCAGAGAAUCUAAGAGAAAUUGAAGCAAACAUUCUUCCAGGUUUCCUUAGAUUACAAGAGCUAACAGAGAGAAAUGUGACCGUGGUUCUUCUGAGUGAAAUUGUGUGGGAGCUUCUUCGUCCAGCUACAGGAUGCCUUGAGCCAUUACCAAUAUAUUUUCCAGACUACAGCAUAGGGCAUCUACAGAAGAUUCUAUCCCAUGACCAUCCUCCAGAGUAUUCUUUUGAUUUUUAUGCUGCAUAUAUAAAUAUUCUACUUGGUGUCUUCUAUCCUGUCUGCAGGGACCUAAAGGAACUCCGACAUCUGGCAGCACUCAAUUUUUCGAAAUACUGUGAGCCCGUGGUUCAAGGAGAAGCAAAUGAACGUGACACACGCCGACUUUGGAAAAAUAUUGAGUCCCACUUGAAGAGAGCUAUGCAGACUGUUUAUCUGCGAGAAAUAUCAAGCUCCCAGUGGGAACAAUUGCAGCAAGAUAAUGGAGAACCAGGACAACUAAAAGGACUUUCAGCCCAUGCUCAUGUAGAACUUCCAUAUUAUUCCAAGUUCCUUUUAAUUGCUGCUUACCUUGCUUCUUACAAUCCUGCCAGGACAGAUAAAAGGUUCUUUGUUAAGCAUCAUGGAAAAAUCAGGAAGAAAAACUUUCAGAAAAAACAUGAAAAGACCAGCAAUCACCUUCUUGGACCAAAGCCAUUCCCGCUGGACAGAUUGUUGGCAAUAUUAUACAGCAUUGUUGACAGCAGAGUUGCUCCAACUGCUAAUAUCUUUUCCCAGCAACACAAUGAAGUCUAAAGUGUGUCCAUAAACAGAAGCCCAAUAUGUGCCCAUGCCCAUGCACAAAGAGCUGCCUUGGAGCUAUUUCUGUGGUGCUGUCCCGCAUUACUCUGUGUUCCUAUGCACGUGUGUGGCGGGCGGGGGGAGAGACUAUACCAGGGUGAUGCUUGUGAAGACUAGUGCGUGGGUCUUCCAACCCAGUUCCCACCCUAGCAGGAGUGAGGAUAGGAUAGAUAAAACUCAUGUUAGAAACCCUAUUGAUAGUGUUUGCUGUGUGCUAGAAACCACAUAGAUAGGGUGGUGGUGGUGGUAGGGAAUAGUAGCUGGAGAAGUCAUAUUUAAUGGCAUACUUUAGAUGGGAAUGUGGCAUGUCACACAAGUAUCCUGACUCUGCAGUGAACAAGACUCCUUGUUUACAAGGCUGUUUUGCUUCAUAUAUUGUCAGAAAUGAUUUUAAUUGAAUGGCUUUAGGUAAUAUUUUAUUGUAAUCACAGGUAAAUAAAAUAUGAUUGCAAUUGUUUCACAAACUUCUUGUGAAGGUGCUAUAUACCCAUUAAGGAUUAUAUUUGAAUCUGUUUUCACCAUGCAUUCUCUAGAAAUACUGGAUCAGUUUCAGGUUGGUGUUUAUUAAAUUCCAGCUGAGAAUGAUAAUCACUAGCAAAGGAUGACUGUGUGUGCCAGCAGAUAUCAUUGAUAGAUGUUUAGAUUGUCUCAUAUCUCUGCUGUGUUUCUCUCAUGCAGAAUUCUCCUCAUUAGUCUUAUUCUUCUUGAAAGAUUUUCUUCACUAGUAGAAUAAUAAGAAACAGAUUUUUAAUUCAUUCCCAAUUCUAAGAUCUAGUGUAGUUCAAGUUAAAGCUUCAAGAUGUCAGUUAUCAUUUAUUUCCUCAAGACUCAGUAAAUGAACUUUGAGGUUCAAAGAGUUAAAAUGUAAUUUGUUUAGUUUGUACAUAUUCAGCCAUCUGUGGCUGCCAAAAAGCAUUUCACAGACUGUUUGGUAGAACUGAAGCAGUUUAGACAUGAAGGUGCAACUUCCAGUUCAGUGUUUAAGAUUGUCCCUUUUAAAUUUUCAUCUGUCUUUGGUGCCCAUCCAAAAUCACUUUAAAUAGUAACAGUAAAAGAAGUGCUCUUCACAUGUUUUUGCAAUACUAUAUUGACCUUACAGGAUUGCAAGUACAUGAUGCAUAUCCUUCGCAAACAUAGUUCUUUGUUCUUCCUGCAACUGGCUUUCCCCUUCCCCACAUCCAAUUUUGAAGAUGUGGUGGAAGUCACACUCCUGUUUAUCAUUUGGCAUUCUCUGUGCUGGUAUACUGCUUCUGUAAUGAGGUAAACACCAUGCCCCAGCUUUUGACUGUUAAGUGCAAAAUUCUGCCAUUUUCCAAAUUUUCAAAUAAAUGACAUGCCCUGAGCCACAUAUGCAGCAUCUAUCGAGGCUCUAGCUCAUUGGGAUAUCCCCUAGCCAUUUGAAUGCUUUGAUCAUUGGAGAGUGAACAAGUGAUGCUUUUACUUCAUACUGAUACAAAUCAAUGAAACUUGCACGCUGGAAGAUAAGAUGGACGUUUCUAACCACAACUGGAAAUGGCCUGCUCCUGUUGGGACUCCCAUAGCCUAGCAUUCUAAUGUCUAUAGUUGGGUUUGCUCUAUACCACUAAACAUAAAUCUAGGUUUCUUUUUGAGUACUAGAAGUAAACAGAGCUUUACAGUAUAAUUUGGGAAAGCAAAGAAUAGAGUACAGGGACUAAUAGAAGGUGGGCCUGUAUUUUGGUAAAUCUCCAGGUAUUCAGCAAGAUUCUGACUUCCAAUUGUUUAACAAUAGCAGCAACGAAAUUAGUCUUCUCUAUGCAAGACUAGUUUAUACAGGGUUCUUUCUUUCGGAUGAUGUACUCUGGAAAAUGUUCAGUUUCUUAUUACCUUGAUAUUAUAUCACUUUUGACUGGAUGAUUACAGUUGAUGAGGAGGAAACUUGUGUCUGGAAAUAAAAAAAAUGGAUAUUUUUGUGUAGCUAUUAAAUAAUGUCCCUUGGGUUUCUGUUAUGUAUCCCUGAAUUCAUUUUCUGUAAGCAGAUAACAUUUCUUGACACAUUAAACUGGAUAACAGGAAAUUGAUGGUAAGCACUAAACUGUAGCUACAUUCUUGAGAAGGAGAGUAGACAAAGUCUUUUAUAAUUUCAUAGAUACAUUUUUCUAAUAUUUAGCAAAUAGAACCAAAAGACAGAACUCUGCACUGCUGGUUGAACCUGUGUAAUGAGCUUGUAGAUGCAUGUAAAGUUUAUGUCCUCAGUUACAGGGUAUAUUCCACAAACACAUUAUUUUUAGGGUAGCAAAGAUGUAAAGAGUUUGAACAGAGAACACUAACCUAGACUUUCAUCUGAUCUGGACGGGUUGGUCAUAAGGCUAUAUAAAUCUUUUACAUUUAUAUCCAAAUAUGAUGUUCAGGGCAAUUCCUGUGAGGUUUUUGAUGAUAUCCUCAUGGCAGAGAUAGAUUAUGCUAAGAGAUUGCUACCAAUGAAGAAUCACCAAAGCUGCUUCAUGGCUGGUGGAUAUUUAAAUAUAGUUUACCCCAGUUUACACCAUUCAGUGAAUUGCUCUACUCAAAACUGGCAACUGUUUUGAAGAGAGAAAACUCAGUCCUUCAUUCCAUUUGAUUCUUCCUGUAUUCUUCAUAAAUUGCUCUUUUGCACUGUUAUCAGAAUACAUAGACAUACUAUUUCAUAUCUUCAUGGCUCCCUCAAUUUCUUUUGGAUAGUACAAGACUUUCAUAUCCGUGGUGAGUGAAAAAUGCUGAUACCUGAAAAGAAAGGGGCUGUUUAAUUUAUUCCUGUGAUAAAUACUGAUGCCAAAAAAAGAAAAGUGUUAUUUAAUCUAUUCCUCUGAUGAUGUAUAAUUAUUAAUAUUCCCAUAGCAUAUUCCUGUUGAUAUCUAACUUUGUUGUACCCAAUUAUUAGUAAGUUGCACAUUUCCAGCAUUGGCUUGUGCAUACAUUCAUCUCAGUUUAACUCUUAGUAUUUAAGUUUCUACAACAUUGCCACAGACCUUAAGCCAUAAA